UUGGCGCGGGGGUGGCUACCUUUCCUGGCGUCAUCCCGGGCGCCGAAGGCGGGAGGGAGCGGCGCCGGGUCCGCGGAUGGCAUGGCAGGCGCUCCGGGCGCCGCGGGCCAAGCCUCCCCCGAGCAGCUGGCUCCGGAGCAGCCCCAGCAGGGCUUCCUCGCCCGCUUCCUCGCCGACGACCAGAAGUGCCAGCUCAUGCUCCUGAAGACGCUGCAGACCAGUAGGAGCCGACGGGAGGCUGGGGCCGCGGGUGGCGCCGAGAGCGGGGGCUCCGGGUCAGCCCCAGGGCGGCCCGGCCCGGGUUCUGGGCAGCUCAGCGGAGAGACCGGGCCGGAUCCAUAUGUCAAACUUCUGCUUGAUGCCAUGAAGCGCUCUGGUUGUGCCGUUAACAGAGAAAGACACUUUUCUUGUGAAGACUGUAAUGGGAAUGUCAGUGGAGGCUUUGAUGCGUCAGUGUCUCAGAUUGUUUUGUGCCAGAAUAAUAUCCGUAAUCAGGCCCAUAUGAACAGAGUGGUCACCCACGAGCUCAUUCAUACGUUUGAUCAUUGUCGUGCUCAUGUCGACUGGUUCACCAAUGUCAGACAUUUGGCCUGCUCAGAGAUUCGAGCUGCUAACCUCAGUGGAGACUGCUCACUUGUGAAUGAAAUAUUCAGGCUACGUUUUGGAUUAAAACAACACCAUCAGACGUGUGUCAGAGACAGAGCCAUUCUUUCUAUCCUGGCUGUUAGGAAUGUCAGCAAAGAAGUAGCUGAAAAGGCUGUUGAUGAAGUUUUUGAAUCUUGUUUCAAUGACCAUGAACCUUUUGGAAGGAUCCCACAUAACAAGACAUAUGCAAAAUAUGCUCACAGAGACUUUCAAAACCGUCAUCGGUAUUACUCAAACAUAUGAAGGCAAUGACAUUUUAUAUUACAGAGCCUCAGUGAUCACGAAGAAAAUAUGGUUCUCAGGUGCACAAAUGUAUAAAACAUAAAUGAUCAAUUAAAUACAGAUAAGACAGAAGAUGCCGGUCCUAGUAUAUUAUCAGAAAAUGUAACUCCGGUGAAAAAUGGAACUGCCUUAAACUUCAAGGCAAAAAUUAUAUCUGUAUAGCUAACCAUUCGGUGAAUAAGGCAAAUCAAUUACAUUUUUGUAUUUUCUACAUUGUA